AUGGGUGAGGAAGUGAAGAUCGACGACGGCGUCUCCGAGUGGGAGGCUGGCCUCCCGUCCUCCGACGAUCUGACGCCCCUGUCCCAGUCGCUGAUCCCCGCCGAGCUUGCGUCGGCGUUCAGGAUCUCACCGGAGCCCUCCCGGACGGCGUUAGAUGUCAGCCGCGCCUCCGAUAGCACCGUUUCCUCCCUCCGCGCCGCCCGCUGCUCCAAUUUCAAGCCGUUCGGCGGCGCGGUGGACGAGGCGGAGAUGGAGGACGGGUCCGAUCCGAAGAGGAGCCGGAGGACGGCGAACCACGCCGGCGACGACCCAGACGGCUUUGCGGACGACCAGUCAACGUCGGCGAAGACACUGAAGAGGCCGCGGCUCGUAUGGACACCGCAGCUGCACAAGCGUUUCGUGGAUGUGGUGGCCCACCUGGGCCUGAACAAGGCCGUUCCCAAGACGAUUAUGCAGUUGAUGAAUGUCGAGGGUUUGACCAGGGAGAAUGUGGCAAGCCAUCUGCAGAAGUAUAGGCUCUAUGUGAAGAGGAUGCAGGGUUUGUCCACCGAGGGCCCCUCGCCCUCCGAUCAGUUGUUUGCCUCCACGCCUGUGCCGCCACAGAGCUUCAACGAGUUGUCUUGCGGUGGGCACAGCCAUGGGAAUGGGGUUGUUAAUGGGAGCACUAAUGGAGGUAGUGGGAAUAAUCAUGUCGGGAUGCCGAUGAUCCCAAUGCCUUAUCCUCCGCCGCCACAUAUUAUGCCCAUGCAUAUGAUGCCCAUGGCUGCACAGGGACACGGGUUCCAUCAUGGAUAUGAAUCGAGCCACUCACAUAACAAUCAUUACCAGCAACAGUAUAAUAACAUGGUGCAGCAGCAAAGGGAUUGGUCUGGGAAUAAGUAUAAUGGCUAUCCGUAUCAUGUGACUCACGACAAUAACAAAUGGUCUGGUGACUUCUUGCAUUGGAAUGUGACAUGUGAAACCUCAGCUUGCAGUUUUGUCAUAUAUGUCCAGAUUUACCAAAGCUUAAGUUAUAAUUCAAUUAAGGAGGGCCUUGAUUUAUUACGCCGGAUGCAUCCGAAGAUAUUGGAACUUGAGGUAGGUCAUCAUAUUUGGUGUUCGCCACUGUGAGAUUGAAGAUUAUGAUGGAAUUUCCGCUACAAAAAAUGGAAGGAAUUGAUGCUCGAUACCAUGGCAACAAGGUGAUAGUUAUUCUUGACUAGCUAGUUCGCAUGCUGAUUAACGUUUACGUUCAAAGACUGUGAAUAACAAUACUGCUUUUUGUUUCAGACAAGUGUAAGUUAUAACAAAGUGUUUGAAAG